GUCCACGCUCUAUACCAGCUGUUGGCGGUAAUGCACCAAUUUAUGCCAACCGCCAUCAUAAACGUAGAAGAAGAAUGGGCAUCCGGCGGAAGUAAACAAUGAAAAGCUAAUAUCUGUCAGCUAGAAGACGGUUAUGUUGUCAUCUUUCAGCUGAUUAUUGAGUGUUUCAGCAACAAUGUCUUCAGUUCAGCAUCUGAGAGAGUUUAUCAGCGAGCGACUAACUGCUGCUGCUGAAGAAAUAUUCACAGAGUUUGAAAAAACCAUCGUCCAGUACGAAGAAGUGAUCGAUCGUCAGCGCAGACUGCUGGAUGUCAGCUGGAAACCACAGAUAAACUUCCACCCGGCAGCAGACCUCCCACAGCAACAUGACUAUGAAAAGGAGGACAUUCUAUCUGACCAGCAGCUCUUUCAACAGGAGAUGAAGUCCAGUUUGGACCAGGAAGAACCAGAAACUCAACAGACUGAAGAAGAGCAGGAUGAAGUCCACAUCAGUCAGGAGGGAGAGCAGCUUGUUCUAAAGGAUGAGACUGACAUGGUGGUUCAAUGCAAGUCUGAGUCUGAAGAAAUGUUCUACAGUGUAGAAAAGACUACCAUCCAGUAUGAGGAGGAGGAGGCUGAGCAUCAACCUAGAUUGUGGAAUAUCAUCAUGAAACCUCAAGUAAAGUUACAAGGAAUAGACAUUUCACAACAACAUUUCUGUAAGGAGAAGGAAGAGGUUCUCAAUAACCAGCGUCUCUGUAGCCAGGUGAAAAAUUCUAGAUUGGACCAGGAUGAACUAGAACCUGCACAGGUCAAAGAGGAACAGGAGCAGCAAUCCACCAAUCAGGAGGGAGAUCAGCUUGUUCUGAAUCAGGACACUAAUCCUUUUAUAGCGACUUCUAAUGAUGAGGAAAGUAAUCACAUCAAAAAAGAACCAAACAGCAACCAGCUCUUCUUUCACAACUCUUUCCUAGCAGAGCAUCAUGUUCAGGAAACAGACAAGUUUGUUUUUUCAGGGUCUGCUAUAAAUACAGAGCAGAUGAUGAGCAGCAUAAACAGAAGUCAUAACAAUGUAGGUAACUCUUCCAGGCCAAAUAGUUACCGUGGAAAUGAAAAACAAUCCAAAAAGACUGUUGCAUGUGACAUUUGUGGAAAGGUCUGUCAUUCUAUGUCGCUAAUGAAGCAGCAUCGCUAUGUGCACACUGGUGAAAAACCCUACCUUUGUAAAAUCUGUGGAAAAAGUUACCGUCAAAGCAGCAAUCUAACUGUUCACAUAAGAACCCACACAGGCGAGAAGCCAUAUUCAUGCGGAACAUGUGGGAAGGGUUUCACUGGCAGAGGCAGUUUGACUGUCCACAUGAGAACUCACACUGGAGAAAGGCCAUAUUCUUGUAAAACAUGUGGGAAAAGAUUUAGUCUAAGUAGUCAUUUGACAGACCACAUGAGAACUCACACUGGGGAAAGGCCAUAUUCUUGUAAGUUGUGUGGAAAAUCUUUCAGUCAAAAAGGCACUUUGAUAGGCCACAUGAGAACUCACACAGUUGAGAAGCCACAUUCUUGUAAAACAUGUGGGAAAAGUUUUAGGGAAAGUGGCGCUUUAACAUCCCAUAUGAGAACUCACACGGGUGAGAAGCCAUAUUGUUGUAAAACGUGUGGAAAAGGUUUCAGUGAAAGUGGUACUUUGACGUCCCACAUGAGAACCCACACAGGUGAGAAGCCAUAUUCCUGUGAAACAUGUGGGAAAAGCUUCAGUCGCCGUUAUGGUUUGAAUGUCCACAUGAAAACGCACACAGCAGGAAAGCCUUAUUCCUGCAUGUGGGAUAAGUUACAACAAAAAGAAGUGUUUGACUAACCAUAUCAGAAAGCAUAUUUAUGAGAAGCAUCUGGAAACAUAACAGUAAUGUUUGGAGUGAAGGAAGCAGAGGUGGGGGUUAGGUGUGUGAGAGAUUUUUAUUCACUAAUAACUGAGUUUGCCUGUAAAUGGUAAAAUAUAAAUGAAUUCUGUUUUUCAGUAUAGUCCUGAAAAAUGCAUUAAAUCUCUUCAACACUAACCAGUGGUUCAGCUAACAAAGCCAUGAAGCAUCAAAGCAUCUGUCAUGUCAUGUUAAUCUGUAGACUAAAUUACAAAGCUAGCCACUAGGCUCAUUUCAUGGUUGCUCUGUUUGCGUAUUUCAAAGUUUUCUUUGUAAAAUGUAUUUUAUACAAAAAGAUAAGCUGCAUAUGCCUUAGAGACAGAAAAUGUCUGAAUUCUGUGUCUUACAGCACCUGCAGAUGCACUUCUCCGUGUUUCAGCAUUUUGCUGCCGCUAGUACGUCAGCUUUGCUGUGGUAUAGAAAACAACAUAACAACCUUUUUCAUGCUGGGAUGAAACAAAAUUUUUCUCAUCUGUGUUUCUUUGCUAUUUAUCCUCUCUGGAACUUUAUUCUGUUGCUUAUGAAACUGAGAACUGCAUGUAUGAUUGUGUUGGAGUAUUUAAUUAAACAGAAGAUUCU